AUGACUUCCAAUGCACCAUCUGAAUGCUGCAUGGCAGGACAUCUGCACGACGGCAGGGCCAGUGGGGAGAUCCAAGAACUUGCCAACAUCUCGACGUACAUCGCCUAUCCACCUGAUCGGUCGACAAAGAAUGCCAUCUUGUUUCUCACUGAUGGCAAUGGCCAUCGCUUUAUCAACGCCCAUUUGAUGGCGGACCAGUUUGCCGCCCGUGGCUUCCUCGUCGUUAUGCCCGACCUCUUCCACGGCGAUCCCAUCCCAGUCGAUCAUGGGCCUGACUUUGAUAUCAUGGGCUGGUACAACCAACACCUGCCGGAUAAGGUUGAUCCCAUUGUCAAUGCUAUACUAGGGGAAAUGCGCACUACCCUCGGCUGUCAGCGAGUCGGCGCUGUCGGGUAUUGUUUCGGCGGCAAAUAUGUGUGUCGCUACCUCAAAGCUGGCAAACUAAACGCAGGGUUCGUUGCCCACCCAACCAUGGUGACGGUGGAGGAGCUGGAGGGGGUCGAAGGGCCGUUGAGCAUUGCUGCAGCCAUUGUUGAUCCCGUCUUCACCACUGCCAACCGCCACGAGAGUGAGGGGAUCCUAGCUAGAGUUGGUGUUCCUUUUCAGAUAAAUUUAUUCUCUGAUGUAGAGCACGGAUUUGCGGUCCGCUGUGAUCCAGCAGAGCCGCGGCAGAGAUUCGCCAAAGAAUCAGUAUUUGAGCAGGCUGUGGCAUGGUUCGAUCGGUAUGUGAAGGAGUGA